GAUACGUAAAAUGAACCGUUCACGCAGUUGACAUCAGAAAAAUGACAGUAAAUAAUAAUAUGUCAACUGUCAAUGUCAGUAACAAUUGUGCACUGUGCGAGUGGAAUAGAAUUUUUCGCGAUACAGCUACCGUUUUUUUUUUCAUCAAUAAAAGCAUCUUAUAAACACAAUGUUAGUGUUUAUCAAUAUCGCAAUGUCUGAAAACAUUUCGCAAUAAAUACUAUGAGAGAAAUCGAACUGAAAUUGUAAAAGGUGGUCGUGGACUGUGAUCUAGUGAGUGGUGGGCGAUUGUUUUGCAAUCAAACAACGAUGGAAGGCGACAAUGCAGCUCCUGAACAAGAACAAGCAGCCGGAGGCGGAGAACACAGUGCGGCCGAAGGCGAUGGGGACAGAGGGAGGUACAGCAUGAUGGACCGCUGCCCCUCGCAGUCAUCGCUGGACGAGUCGUCGCAGCGGCGCGAGUCGGGCGAGCAGGAGGCCGGCGCGCAGCACGCCACGCAGCUGCUCGACGCGCUCUCACGGCUGCGCAGGGACGCGCUGCUCUGUGACGUCAGGCUGCAGGCGCAGAUCGACGGCACGUCGCGCGUGAGCGAGGGCGUGUGGGCGCACCGCGCGGUGCUGGCGGCCUGCUCGCCGUACUUCCGCGCCAUGUUCACGCAGUUCACCGAGCGCACGCGCCCCACCGUCACCAUACAGAAUGUUGAACCGAGUGCUCUGGAAGCAAUAAUAGAAUAUGUCUACAACCCAGACUCGCUUGUCAUCACUGAGGACAAUGUACAGAGCGUGCUGUCGGGCGCGUCGCUGGUGCAGGUGGCGGGCGCGCGCGCGGCGUGCUGCGCCUUCCUGGCGGCCGCGCUGUCGCCCGACAACGCGCUCGGCAUCCGCGCCUUCGCCGACCUGCACGCCUGCGCCGACCUCGCGCACACCGCCGCCACCUUCGUGCACAAGCACUUCGUCGAGGUGAUCCCCCCCACACACCGCCCCACACACACACACAUCCGCGCCUUCGCCGACCUGCACGCCUGCGCCGACCUCGCGCACACCGCCGCCACCUUCGUGCACAAGCACUUCGUCGAGGUGAUCCCCCCCACACACCGCCCCACACACACACACAUCCGCGCCUUCGCCGACCUGCACGCCUGCGCCGACCUCGCGCACACCGCCGCCACCUUCGUGCACAAGCACUUCGUCGAGGUGCUAGAAACGGAAGAGUUCCUGACACUGGACGCGGACACGCUCGCGCAGCUGCUCGCUAGUGAUCAGAUCACGGUGCCAAACGAAGAGGUGAUUCUGGAUGCCGUCGUGCGCUGGAUGCAACACGAUCCCGAGAGCCGGCGGCCGCAGCUGGGCGCGCUGCUGGAGCACGUGCGGCUGCCGCUGCUGCCGCAGGACGUGCUCGUGGCGCGCGCCGCCGCCGAGCCGCUCGCCAGCGCCGAGCUGCGCGUCAAGGACCUGGUGAUCGAGGCGCUGUCGUUCCACCUGGUGCGGGGGUCGGGUCGCGCGCUGGCGGGGGGGGGGGGGGGGGGGCCGCGCACGCGCCCGCGCUGCCCGCCGCGCGCGCCCGCCGCGCUGCUGGUGGUGGGCGGGCAGGCGCCCAAGGCCGUGCGCGACGUGGAGGCGCUGGAGCUGGGCGGGGGGGGCUGGCGGGCCGCCGCCGAGCUGCCGUCGCGCCGCUGCCGCGCGGGGCUGGCGGCGGUGGGCGGGCGGCUGUACGCCGUGGGCGGGUUCAACGGCACCCUGCGCGUGCGCAGCGUGGACGUGUACGACGUGGCGGCCGACGCCUGGAGCGCGGGCCCGCCGCUGGCCGCGCGCCGCUCCACGCUCGGCGUCGCCGUCAUCGGACACGUCAUCUACGCGGUGGGCGGGUUCGACGGCGCCACGGGGCUGAGCUCGGCGGAGGCGCUGGACACGCGCGAGGGCGUGUGGCGGCCGCUGGCGCCCAUGAGCACGCGGCGCUCGUCCGUGGGCGUGGCCGUGCUGGACGGCAAGCUGUACGCCGUGGGCGGCUACGACGGCGCCUCGCGCCAGUGCCUCAGCUCGGUGGAGCGCUACGACCCGGCGGCGGGCGCGUGGGAGGCGGUGGCGGAGAUGGGCGCGCGGCGCUCGGGCGCGGGCGUGGGCGUGGCGGGCGGCGCGCUGUACGCGCUGGGCGGGCACGACGGGCCGGCCGUGCGCCGCUCGGCCGAGCGCUACCGGCCGGGGGCGGGCGGGGGCGGCUGGGCGCCGGCCCCGCCCAUGGCGGCCGCGCGCCGCAACGCCGCGGUGGCCGCGCACCUGGGCCGCCUCUACGUGGUGGGCGGGGACGACGGCGCCGCCAACCUCGCCACCGUCGAGGUGUUCGACCCGACGACGGAGCAGUGGACGACGCUGCCGAGCGCCAUGUCGCUGGGCCGCUCGUACGCGGGCGUGGCCGUGGUGGAGCGCGCCCUCUGACCCGCGGCCCCGCCCCGCGCGCCCCGC